GCCUGUUUGGUGGUCACAUGACGCGGAAGAUGUGACACGGCUGAAAUGCAGAAGGAAGAGCCGUCCUCCUCAAACAUGUACACAAACUACCUGGAGCUUUAAGAACAAGCAAAAGACAGCUGAUUGACAUUAACGUCGACAUCAGCAGGACUUUACAACACAAACAUGAUGCUUACAGAGCUGUAGAGUUAUUGCAAAAGAGGACGCCAGCGUGUCCAAAUGAAGGCCUUGCUCAUCAGCACUGAGAGCGCCGAGGUCCUCUUCCACUGGACCGACCCAGAGUUCCAGCAAAACAUCCAGGAGCAGUAUGGCGCGUCUCAGGAAGAAGGCCAGGGGCUGCCAGCCUUUGAAGACAGCAUCAGCACCUUGUUUGCCCCCAUCAUCAUCUCCUGCAGCUCCAUGGUGGACAGGCUUGGGGACAGCUAUACCUGCUUCACCACGGAGAACAACCACAUCUAUGUGCUCCACCAGUUUGACGAUUGUCUCUACAUCGCUGUGAACGGUGACGGGGAGGAGGAAGAGGAUGAUCUGAGGAGGAAGAUGUACGUGACCAAGAAGAUGAUCGAGGUGCUCUUCGGCAUGGUCACCCUCAGCGGCGGCCUGCUCAGGAGGGAGCUGCGCCCACAAGACACGGAGCAAAGAGGCCGUCUGUGGAAACACCUGCAGGGCCUGCUGGACACCUACAGCCACCUCAGAGAGAACGACCAGAGCUUCUUAGUGGAGGCGGUGGAGAGGCUGAUCCACCCCACGCUGUGUGAGCAGUGCAUCGAGUUCCUGGAGCGGCGUUUAGUCCAACAGCUUAACAGCAGUGUUGAGAGAGCUGGAGAGGAAGUGCAGCAUGCCUUCAUCUUGGUGCACACCAAACUGUUGGCCUUCUAUUCCAGUCGCAAUGCCAGCACACUUGCCACUUCAGACCUCUUGGCCCUCAUCAUCAUGGCACAGAAUAUGUAUCCUAGCAACAUGGACCUAGAUGACCGUGGAUCUGAGGAUGUUGAAAGUACGAGCGGCUCCGGUCCAGAGAGCUUCUACACGCCCCAGCCUUCGCCUACAAACUCCAGUAGUUCAGAAAAACAAGUGAGACAAGACGCUUCUGUGUUUGAGUUUUUGGAUCCAGACAUUCAGAUGGCAGAAGACAGCCUGCACGCUGUGGACGUUCCUACCCCUGACCCCGCCACACCCCGAAGGGUGUUUUUAGAAGUGGCCCACAAGGAAGGGCUGUAUCCCAUGAUGCCUCACUCCAUGUACUGUCUUCCACUGUGGCCUGGCAUCACACUGGUGUUGCUCGCUAAGGUUCCCACCAGUGCCGUGGCCAUGUCUGUUUAUAUGUUCCUGGAGGCCUUUGCCAAGCUGGAGAAGCGUUUAAGUGAAGGCCUGGAAGGAUCCCCUGCUAUCAGGAGCCAACCAACAAUACAUGACAUUAGAAGCAAACUGGACAAGUUCAUCAAGGCUCUAGGCCCCAGUGAGAUUCAGUCUUCACAGUUACAAAAUGUCUGGAGCGAGUUUAAAAACCGAGCCUUUGCCCGAAGUGGACCUGGCUUCAACAAAGAUCUCAUCCCGUGGUGUAAGAAUAUGAAGACCCAACUGUGCGGCGUUUACCGCCAGUGCUUCCUUAGCAACUCCGGACCCGCCGAGGCAGCUCGGAGACUCUCGCCCGGUCUGCUGGAGCGAGCUCAGACUAUGUUGCAGGAGAAGCUGAUGGACUGGAAGGACUUUCUGCUGGUGAAAAGCAAGCGAAACAUCACCAUGGUGUCGUACCUGGAGGACUUCCCAGGCCUCAUCCACUUCAUCUGCGUGGACAGAUCCACUGGCCAGAUAAUCGCGCCUUCACUCAACGUCACAGAGCGUACAACAUCAGAGCUGGGCAAAGGAGCCGUGGCUCAGUUCAUCAAAAGCAAGGUGUGGAGGCUUGUGAGCACAUCGCGACGCUAUCUCCAAAAAGGUUAUUCCACUGUCACGUUGCGAGACGGAGACUUCUAUUUCUGCUACUUUCUGUGGUUUGAAAACGAAACUGGCUACAAAUUGGAGGCGAUGGAAAUUCCUGUCCUACCUGAUGACUCAGCCCCCAUUGGGAUGAUCGCCUGGGACUACUACAGGAAGCUGCUGCGCUACUACAGUAAGAGCCACCAGGGCGAGGUGGUGAAGUGUUACGAACUGCUGACGGUCCACCUGGGCGUCAUCCCCACCGAGAUCAUCCUGCAGCACUGCAGACAGCUGGCCAGCAAGCUGUGGGAACCUCGUAAUCCUCUCCUGUAGACACGCCCACCAGUAAUACACUUUCCUCCAAUGAUUUAUUUUGGUCAUUUGUAUCUGCCACCAACAAUACUGACUUCACUACACACAUUUACUGUACUGUUACUAUUAUAUGAAUACCACAUUAUGUUAGAUACACUUGUCCUGUGACAUUCAACCCACGUGCUUUAUCAACAAAUAAUAAUUCUAUUGAACAAUAUCUUUGUUAUUGCUGUAGAAUGCCCUGCCAUCAUCAAACCGUAAGCUGUUUGUAAUAUUUUUGGAUAACCAAAUUUAGCUCCAAACGGCGGGUCAGGGGGGUUCUGCAGCCAGCCACUACCGGAUCAACUGCCCAUUUGCGCAUGUGCAGCGGAAUACGACUUGAACAAACUGUCGGAAAAUGUGAUUUUCCAGUGUCGUUUUAGGGAUUUUUGCAUAUCUGGCCCCCCAGCAUCCAAAAUCCGGCCCACAAGAAGUCCCAAGUUUAAAAAAAAGUUGAUAUAUUUUUAUUUUUUAUUUAUUUAUUUAAUCUUUCCUUUCUAAUCCAUUUUCUACCGCUUGUUACUCUUGGUGUCUCCUAGCCGCUCAGGCAAAUCAUAUUGUCUCAAAAUGAAUUUUCCCAUCGAUAACGUGACAAUGUUAAAUGUUGAUGAACAUCAAUGUUAAUUGAUGUUAAAUGACAAAAUGGAUUAUAAAG